ACUGAACAACAAAUUUGAGAUUGUAUAGCAAUAAACAAUAUAAAUAACAGAGUUUAACAAAAACAAUGGCCACCUCAACGCUGCAAUCUCCGGCCGCGUCGCCUUCCCCAUCUUCCACGCCCUCGUCGGUGAAGAAUCCGCAACUGAAGCGCGUCGUCUACUCCAAGUAUCGGGAACUGCUGGGAUCGUACAACGAUAAGGCCAAUGCCAUCAUUGACACGCUGCCUGCCUAUAUGGUGCGUCAGGAUCGUGGAUUUCAACUGUCAGAGUUGCCUCUGAAUGCGGAUGGCAAGAAUUGCUUGGAAUCAUCCUAUGGACAACGCGGUGGAGGAGGAGGAGGCGGCUCGGGAGGCGGGGGCUACGAGGCCCCAGCCUGCGUACAGAACGCGAUGAUGACAAAAGACAAGAAGCCGUUCACCUACACCCCGGGCGGCAUAGAUCUCUCCCAGAUCCGGUCGGAGCGCAUGGCCAAGCGCUUGGCACGCAACGCGCAGUCGGAAGGCGCCACUGGAGCCGCCCAACAGAACAGACCCGCCCAGCCACAGUCGCCAGGCGGCGCCACCAGCGCGGCCAACGCGAUGGGUGCCGCUGCCAUGGGGAUGCCUUUCCAGGUGCUGCCGCCGCCGCCACCACCACAACCACAGACACAGGGUAAGAACGGCAAUCAGUUUGGUGCCGCUGCAGCACCCCCACCACCGCCCCCCCAACAACCCAGCACACUAGCGCCACCCACUGGCCGACUCAGUGCACCAGGGUCGCCGGCCACGGCCCGCAAGUCUCCGACCCCGCAGCGCUUCGAGCCGCCACCAUUGGGCUUCCGUCCGGAAAUCAAGAUUCCGACGAACCCAAUGGCGGCUCUGCGAAAGGUCCCACCGCCGGUGGAGAAGAACACAUUCUGGAAGGAUGAGUACGUGAAAGACCGCUCCAAGAGUCCCCUGCCAGAGACCAGCAGCAACCAAAACGGAGACUACAAUGGCGGCAGCAAUUACAGCAACUCGGAUGCCGUCGAUGGUCCAAAAUCGUUUGACAACAGCAACAACAACAACAACAGCAACAGCUAUAGCCCCAUGCAACAACAACAACAGCAGCAGCAGAAAUAUCCUACGCCGCCUGAAACUCCGCUACAGCAGCAGCAGCAGCAACUGCAGGAGCAACAAUCACCGCGUCAGGAGUUCCGGAGUGUGGCCAUGCCUACAUCGCCGUCUGUCAGCGUCUACACACGUCAGGCAGAGAGUCCUCGCUCUCCCUUUGAGCGUCAGACGGAGAGUCCACGUUCGCCCUUCGAGCAGCAACGUCCACCAGCAGCCAGCUCUCCCCUGGCCCAGGCACCACAACAGCAGCAGCAACAGCAGCAGCAACAGCAACAGGCAGCCCAAUCCGUGCCCUGGCGUACACAGCGUGCUCAGCCUGCUCCACAGCAGCAGCAGCAGCAGUCUGCCCCACAGCACCCACAACCCAUCUACAACAACGUUCAGCAGCAGCAGCAACAGCAGCAGCAACUGCAGCAGCAACAGCAACAAAGAUCUCGCGAUGUCUUCAGCCCAGGACGGAUUGAGACAUCAGCAGCAACCAAUUUCAAUGCACAGCCGCAGCAGCAACAGAACUUUGGCCAGCAACAAGCACAAUAUCCAGGAGCAACAAAGCCGACCAACGUUGGAUCGCUGUAUAUUGCUCCUCUGGCCCAGCCCACAGAGCCCCAGGCACAGCGCAUUCUGCUCCAGCAACAGCAGCAGACACCGUCCCGCGAUUCGCCCAUGCGCCAGUUGCCACAACAGCAGCAGCAGCAGCCGCAGUCGCAGUCGCUGCCCCAGCAACAGCAGCCGCAGGGUAACCAGCCGCUGCGUUGGCUCAGCUCUCAGCCAGCGAGCAAGGAACAGGCACCCUGGGCUCGUCCCGAGGAGAAUGGCAAUGUGCUGCCCUCCACCUUGAGGCAGACCACACCGGCACCCCAGCCCCAGCCCCAAGUUGCACAGCAGCAGGCGCCACAGUCGCAGACAUCUUUCUACCAGCCACAGCUGGUGCAGGGCAAUGGCUAUGGGCCCACUCCAGGUGCAGUUUCGGCAGCAAUCAGUCAGCAGAACUUUGGCUCGCAUCCCCAGGGAGGGGGACUGCGUUUGCAGAUCAACUUGAACACGAAUGGCAGCAACAAUAAUGCCACUCAAAGCGCUCCAAGGGAGCGCAUCAUACCCAUAACACUGGAGCAGACCCCAACUUAUGCCGCUGCACAGCCCAACUUUGGUGGUUACAACAAUUAUCCAGCCCAGUCCAGCCCCACGCAAUGGCGUGAGCCCAGCUCCCAGCGUGUGCUGUCGCCCAACCUGCAGCCUCCAACGGGCAACGGGAUCAGCAGCAACGGAAAUGCCAAUGCCAAUACCAAUGCCGCGCGGAUCAUACCCAUUUCGAUUGAGGGCGGGCGUGGAGGACCCGUCUCCCAGUCUCCAGUGUUGCUGCAAAACGAUCCGCGCUCACCGCCCAUCCAAUCGAAAUCGUUUAGAAUAUUGCAAAAGAUAACCGACACGGUGGACGAUGGCAGCGGUGGAGACCCCCCGCGCCAAGAGUCCCCGCAGCAGCCAGUGUCCCUGGACGGGGCCGGGGUGCCGCAGCUGCAGAGGCCCCAAUUCGCGCGACAGAUGAGCGCCCAGCAGGCACGGAAUAGUCCGACCAUUGAGCAGAUGCGGCGCCUGCAACUGGCCCAGGAUCAGCAGCAGUCGGGUACGCCUUUAGCUUGGUCCCCGCAAGGUAACGGAGUCUCCGCCCAGAAUCGCUUUACGCCCCAACAUUAUGAUUCACCCCAACAACAGACACAGCAAUAUGUGCCGCCAAGUGAACAGCAGGUGCCGGAGCCGAAGAAGUACACCGGCAGCGCUAUACCCAGUCGAUCAUUCAAGAUCCUACAGGCAAUGACAACACCCGAAAAUGCCGAACAUAAAAUUCACACCGAGCUGGACUCGGAUUUGGAAAAUGUUGAAUUGAACGAAAUCCCAAAUAAUAAUAAUAAUAAUAACUAUAAUCAAAAUACUGAAAAUAAUCAUCAUAAUAAGCAUAGCAAUGAGAUUAACAGUAAAACCAAUAAACGUCACAGUUACACAUCAUCCACAGUCCCACCCACACCCACACCUAGUACACCCAGCACACCCAUCACAGAUCACACCCAAGCCACAUACUCAUCCAAUUCAUCCCUCAGUUCUGCCGACAGCUCGUGUCCCCCGCGCUCGCAGUCGGUGCCUCCACACUAUCCAUAUGCCUAUGGCUAUCCGUAUCCCUGGUACAUGCCACCGCCCCCGGGAGAGGCAGCUCCCAUGGCCAACUGGCCGUAUCCCUAUCACUAUCCCGCACCACCACCACCGCCUCAUGCGGUGGAGGGAAAGCCAGCCGAUGGGUAUCCGCCCUACCCUUACUACUAUCCGUACCCGUAUCCGCCCACAAUGCCGCCAUACGGACAGCAUCCGAAUGGCUGCGAUGCUCAGCCUCCGUCCGGGUAUCCCCCGUUCCAUGCCAUGCCCCCCUACGGGCCGUACCCGUAUCCAGUGGCUCCCAGCUACAGUCAGAGCUCCAACGAGGAGAGUCGCGCCAGCAGCGUGCUGCCGGACAUCAUUAUCACGCCCAGCACCGAUGACAUGCCCUCGCAGGUGAUCAUGCAGCAUCACGUCAAGGUGGAGCCACGCGAGUCGCCCAAGCGGGCCCACUCCGUGGAGAUCGAGGAGCUGGUGAGCAGACCCAAGACCCGGAACAUCUGCAGCAGCAAGCACGAGGUCAUCGAUAUGCUCAGCCAGCGACUGGCCAACAUUAACAAGAUUGCCGGCGGCAACACCCAGGCGAAUCUCUCCAAGCAGCUCCAGAAGGACUAUGCGGGCGAGCAGUCCAAGGAACUGGUCGCUAGAUCUCCCAGCGAGAAUGCCUCGAUAGACGACAGCGAUUCAGAAGAGGAGACCAGCGAUAGCGAAGACUCUGAAGACACUCCAAAGCACGCAAGUCGCCCAGCGCCCUUGCAGGCAAUCAAGUCAGUGACCAAUGUGCAGGUCUACAAAGGCAAGGCAUUGGAUCAGCAUUUGGACUCGGAGAGCAGCGAUGAUGAAGGUGACGAAGGUGAUGAGGAUGUGACCACUGCGGAUGAGGAAAUGGACGAAGAUUAUAUUGUCGAAGAAGACCUGAGCGUCAUAUACGAGGAGGAAAGCGAGCUGGAACGCAGCAGCGAAUAUGCCAAGACUGUCAUCCGAAGGGAUGACUCCAGAUCCACCCUUGUGGACGACAUCGAGAAGCAAAUUGAGGACAACGAUCAGUCUGAUAACGAUGAUGAUGAUGGGUCCAACUCGGUGACCGUUCGCCUGCCGCUGCGUUUCUCCUUCAGCCGCAGCUCCAAUGAUGAGAACAUCGCCACCGUCCAGGUCGGCAACACCACCCAAAUCGAGGAGAGGCGCCAGAGCAUUGCCAGCAGUGCGGAGAGCAAGCGCAGCUCCUUCAGUGUGGCCAUGGUAGAGAGCGCAGACGAGGACGGGGAGGACGACUGUGAGGUGAGUGUGACCAUAAGUCUGUCCAACUCGUCGCGUUCCAACUCGGUGGAGAAGUACAGAGCCAGCGGGGCAUAUCCCAUUGAAGAGAUUGCCGCACCUCUCAGGGCCAGCAGGGACGAUGUAUCCGCCUCCUUUUCCCUGGGAAUGCGUAACAAGUUCUUGGGCGAGACCAUAGCCAACGAUGUGACCAACAAUAUAUCUCCGGCCAAACCAGAGACGGACACCAAAGCCAAAACUGUCGAAGAGACUGUCACCGCACCUGCAGCUGCACCUACGGAGGAGUUUGACUUCUUUGCCACUUUGAUGGCCACCAAAAUGCAGGCACAGAAAAUGAUGGAACAGUCCAAGAACUUCUGGAAAACCACCUCAGAACCAGCACCACUAGAGCCAGGGGUGGAGGCUAUCGAGACACCCAAUCUAAGGGCCAAGGAGAACUGUUCCGAAGCCAAGCCACCGAGGCCAAAGUCGGCUGAUAUGUCGAAGACCCAGGCAUCCUUGGAGGCAGCAAAGAACAGCUUCUGGUCCACUUUCGCGACAGCAUCCCAAGAGCAGGAACACACAGCCCCGCCAGAGGAGAAACAAGAGAGAUUGGAGUUCUACGGGAGCAUAGAGAACAAAGAGACGGCUGAGCUGGAGGACAAGCAGUGGACAAAAAAGAAGAAAACUGUUACCUACACGCCCCUAAAGAAGGAGACGGCGACCAGAGUGGAGCACUGGACCACAACUCUCAGGGCUCACGUGGUAUCCAUGCCAUUGCCCCAGAAAGCUGAGGUUCAUUUUGUGGUGGAAGAAAAGCCCAAAGAGAUCGAGAAACCAAAGGAGAAAGAACCGAACGAGGACUUCUGGGCAUCUGUACAGGCAGACCAACCACGGACCGCCUGCCAAGAAGACUUGCAGAUGGAAGAUACAUUUGAGUCUCAGAUGGAUAUCUGGAAUGGCCAAGAGGCAGAGCAACAGGAUGGGGAGGACGCAGAUUUCUGGGCCGACAACAAGUCCACAACGAGCAGCAGCGAGGAGGAGAAGCCUUCGGGUGGCUUUGCUUUCGAUCCAACGAAAUAUCCGGAGGAGCCUCGGGAAGUUGACACUGAUGAGGAAAUUGAUUUCUGGGCCGAGAUCGAAGCAAAGAGGCAGCCAGACGAUGACGAUGAUGUCACCUUCCACAAGUCUGCCACCUUCUGGGCCCGGAAAGAACGCCAGAAUUCCGUGGAGGAAACCCCUUACAAGCCCGUGGAAAUCAAAGCCUUCAGAGCCAAGCUGCCCGACGAGCCUGCUGUGGCAAUCGAUGUGUGGGCCACACUGGAGGCAGCUCGUGGCGCAGAGCCGGAGAUUGUCGAUCCCAUUGUGGAGCAGGAAAAGGAGCUCGCAGAGCAAUACGAGGAGUUGCCGCAUGACACUCCCGUGGAGAAGGAAACACCGGAACUGCCCGAGGAAGUGGUGCCCGAGAGCAAUCUCCAUAUGGUGGAUACCAUGUCGCUGGCAUCCAUGCACGAGCCGGCCACAGUCUAUACCUGGGCUGCCCAGCCGCAGGAAUGCUCUGAGGAUGUGGGGCAGACCGACUUCUGGGCCGACAUCGAAGAGGAUCGCGCCAAGAAGGAGCAGGUCGAGGAAGCCGAUCAAAAGCGUCAGAACUAUCGCAAGGCCAUGGCCUUCUUCAACACCUCCAUCGAUGGCCAGCAGUCGCCACCGCAGCCCAGCACCAGUCCCACGCACACACCCACGCCCAAUCGGCACAGCGUUAUCCUGGAGGAAGCGGAGCCCCAAGAAGUGGACCUGGGUCCCCCGGGUGAGUACGAGAUUGUAGGCGAGGAUGGGGCAAUUAUGGAGGAGCACAAGCCCCAGAUCGCUGAGGCAGAGGCAGAGGAAGAGGAGCGGGGUGCUCCCACUCCGACCAACUUUGAGCCGCACCUUCCGGAGGUGUAUGUGGAACCCGAGCCAGAGAUGAAGCGCCUGGCCAAUGGACUACCCGACCUGGAGGUGGAGAAGUUCUGUGAGGCGCCCAAGAUCUCGGUACGCGACCGCAUCAGCGUCUUUGAGGUGAGUCCCGAGCAGGACGCGCCCAGCUCGAAGGCACUGUCGCUGUCCGUGGACAGUGGCCAUGGCAAGGGGACGCUGUCGCGCAACAGCAGCACGCAGCGUUCCGAGUCAGAGAUAGAGGAAGAUGAUUCGGGCGUGACGGACAUGAAUCGACAGCUGUCAGAGACGGACACCGAGUCCGAGAGCUUCCCGGAGCUGCGCAAGAUGACCAGCUACCAGCGUGCCGCCACACAUUCCAGACUCUUCAAGUUGCUGCAGGACGAGAACGACCUGCCCGAGGCAGCGACCCAGGCUGACGAGUUCCAGCUGAAGCCCAGCCGACGCAGGAUCGUCCACAAUGUGUCCAUCACCCGCCGCCAGAAUCCCAACGCGCUGGGCGAGGCCGAGAGCAUGUCGCAGCGACGGGAACGCCUCUCACUGCCACUGCGCAAGAACACCAGCAUUGAUGCGGACAAUCCAUCGACGCCCAACAGCCCGGCCUCACCCAUCAUGGGGCCCUCGGCCAAAAAUCAGCGCGUGGUCAGUGACAAGCUGGUCAACGAACUGGUCCAGAGUCUGCUCCUCAAGAGCGACAGCACGCAUCUGCGCAAUCUUCCCAUGGAGCGGCUGCAGGCAGCCGCCAAGCGAGCUCUGGUCGAGGAAAUGGACUCCGCCCAGGAGAACAGCUCUCUGGACAGCACACCCGCACCCACGCCCAAGCAGGACAAGGACUACGCCGACUACUACAACAGCUGGUGCGAUGCCAGCGGCAGUGGCGAGGAGGUUGUGCCCUCGAAAGCCUUCCGCGCACUCCAAGAUGCGCGUCGCAGCCCCUGGACUGUGCGCUGUCCGCGAGUGCUCAGCUCGAAGACCAUCAACAGGGAUCUGGCCAGGGUCACGGAAUCGCCAGAGAUCGCCAACGGUCGCGGCAGCAAGAGUCCGGAGUGCUUCCGACAGCAGUCCCAGUCCCAGUCCCAGUCCAGGGAACGGUCGGUCAGCAGUUGGCGCAGGGUCUAGAGCUGGCUGUGGUGAUCGCAAGGCAAGAGAUGGCCUGUUGUAUAUAUAAGGGCGGGAUCUAUAGUCUUUAGCAGGGAUGUGAGACCGGUUCAAAGGGGAGACAAGUUCUUCCCAAACGAACCUUGACCAAAUCGAACGAAGUAAAACGAUUCCGAACAGAAAAGCUUAAAUGGGCUCUAGCGGAAGCGCUGCAUCAUUUUGAACCGAUUUUCAUUCCUGAUCCAUUGGUAAAGUAAGCGCCUGAGGCGAUCUGCCCCACCCAAAACGGGUGCUAGAUAGGCUCGGGUCGGGGCCAGUUAUUGCAUUUCUCAUCCCAACCCCAUCACACAAUCGCACACACACGCACAUUGUACAUUUUGAAUAUUAAUAAACUAAAUAUCUAAUAGAUACCAUAAUGUAAAUAAACCAAUUGAGACCAAUGACAAAGAAAGAAAGUCGUUCAUUCGUUCGUUCGUUUGUUACCUCAGUAAAGCGCAAGAUCUAAAUCAUUUCUAAAUCGAACCAAAAUAAUACCAAGCAUAUAAAACCUCAAAAACCGCAACAACCAAAAAAACCAAAACAAACCAAAAACCAAUCGAAACCAAAAACAAAACAAAAAUAUCUAUCAAAUCGCCACAAUAAACAGCAAAAUAAAAACCAAUUUCAUCUCAACUCAAUGAUUUUGUAAAACUCGUUCAAAAUCCUA